CUGAGGACAUAAUCGUGAUUUAUUAUUUUAUUGCUGUGGAAAUAUUUGAGAAGACUUUGGAGAUCUGAUUGGGAGGGCAGAAGAAAUGGCGAUCGCGGGUUAUCUCGUAAUGACGGUCACUGUGGUGAUAGCCCUAAUAGUGCCAUCACCAGUGACCAGUGACUCAUUGAUGGGUGGCCACCUGGACAACGAGCCAACAGUUUCCCCCACCGAUGACAAACACCACCACCAGGCAAACCCACCAUUAGCCUUCAACGGUGGCCAGCCAUUUUCCCUGGAGAAGGAUCCCGUUACCGGACAAAUCGACUUCGCCAAGGCACCACCAUUUAAAGCCCUGAAUUACACCGGUUACGCGAUCAACGAUGUACAUAAAGAGGAAAGCAACCGAGAAGAAACCGAGAACGACGCAAUAACGAGUAAAAACGAUGACGAUCAUCAAAUACCAAACGAGAUAAAUCCAUACUCCCCGUCAUUCCACGAUUACCUGAAUCUCCCAGUGCGCUACAACAAUCACGAGAAGUACACGAGCGACAAAUAUCCACUGAUAUCAAGUUCCUACGCUAAUACAAAGGUACAAGGUGGCUCAUCAGGCUUCAAGAUCUACAAUUCCCUCAACCACAAGAACUACAACAGCAUAAGUCACCCGGGAAAGGCGUCCACGUCGCAGUCGUACUCGAAUACGAGAACGCCAUACGUACCGAGAACUACGAGACGUCCCACGACAACUAAACCAACCACACCUACCCCGAGAACACCAACAACAACAACGACAACGAGACCGACGACGACGACUACUACAACUACAACUACAACUACAACUACAACAACAACUACACCUACACCUAGACCAACAACGACAAGAGCGACAACAGUUACGAGGAAACCGACGACGGAAACCGUUACGACAUGGAAACCACGACCGAUGGAUCGUUACGGUGUCGAUUACGAUGAGGAUGUAAUGCUACCGAUUGAGAAAAUGCAAAGUUCUGGGAAUGGCGAUCAAUUUGUGUCUUUCCCGAAAUUUGAUUACGAAGAAGGGUAUGACUACCUGCACAUGGAGCCGUCGCCGACGACUUCGAGUAGCUCAACAGUGAGAACUACGACGAGACCCACAACAAGACCUACAUCGACGUCUACAUCCUCACCCACAACCACAACCACUACCACUACCACUAAACCGAAAUCACCUGAAGGCCCGACGGAGCCCCCGAGGUCAUCAUCGAAUACCCUGACGAUUAAUGAGAACAAUCCGCGACCAGUGGUCGUCAAUGGCCACCAGAACUACCCGAGCUUCAACGAUCCCUCCCAGAGCUAUUCCUCUUUCAAUCCUCUAACCGUCGAGUCCUCGAGCAACGUAAUAGUCCCCCCCGACCAGGACACCAUCUCCUUCGUCCUCGGUAACCGACAAAAUGUUCAGGGCUCAUACUACGGUCACGGCAGCGCAGUCGCCGAAUCGCCGUACGGCGACGCGAUCAUGUCCCCAAAUCGAAUGGAUACAGGUUUCGAUCACGAUUUAAAAAUCGGUGUGCCAUCUCCAGAGGUUCAAGCACCAGGGGAUGCCCCCGUGCCCUCAGGAUUUCAAUUGCCCCAGAGGGAGGGAACUGGUGGUAAUAGUGGACAAAAGUGGUGGUUCAGUGAUGAUCAAUCCGAUAAGAGCCAGAGUGUCUCUGAUAACGAUAAGGACAACCGAGUUAACGUCGGCGCGGGUUAUCGCGUUGUUUUUCCGACGGAGUCGUCGACGUCAACGAAAAGUCCAUCGACAACUGAUGUUACGACAACGGGAGUACUGGGGGCUCUCGGAUUGUCCGAGAUAUCUGAUGUGCUUGUACCACCAGCUGUGGAUAGAGUUCGUCCUCAAGGACGUCCACAAGGAAAUCCCCAAGGCCACCCUCAAGGACAUCCACAGGGAAAUCCUCAAGGGCAUCCACAGGGAAAUUCUCAAGGACAUCCACAAGGACAUCCACAAAGUCACCCCCCAGGUCGUCCCAGUCACUACCACUAUCACUCACGCCCCCUGGACCUCCCCAACCGAAUCCCCAGGCCACCGAACACUUACAAAAUUCGUCCACCGAUGGACUUGAAUCUACCGAACAUUCUCCCACAAUUUCGACCUAAUGUGAAAACCUCCCAAAGACGAGGAAGCGAGGCAAUCGGUACACUGAUAAUUCCAAGCCCAAAAUAUCCGACCCGAGUCUCAAGGCCACCCCCAUCCCACCGACCACCCAGAUUACCCUCCCAACCCGUCUCACCCCUCCAACGAAUGAAACCGCCACCUCCCCCACCUCCACCGAUCUACGCCCUUCGAUUGCCCUCGCCGGAGGCCCUCGUGAAUCCUGGACCAGAGAACAAAGACACACCGUUCCGUAGAAACCCAGGUGAGGGCCUCAUCGACGAGAGAAAUCGUCAGGCCCUGAAAUCACGUCUGAACGACGAGGGAGGAGACAAAUUGGAUGGCCAUCCACCACGCCCACCAGUUUUUUUCCCGAGAAAGAGUAACGACACGAGAGUUGCGACCCUCCAGAUGCUUCAGCAUCAUGGAGUCGAGGGUGAGGAUAUGCAGGGUGACGAGUCCGCGGAGGACAGAAGAGUGAGAUCAGAUGUGGCACCUGUAUUCGUCGUUUAUCCCGUUAAAGGGGCAAUUGGAAUGGAUGAGGGUGACGAUAAACACUUGGAGGAGAGUGUCGUUGUGGGGACUCAUGGUGGGGAGAGGCCCCUACCACCUGAAACCCUAUCCAUCCCCCAGGUGGUGGAUGACGAGACUAAAGUACCGGGUAAAGUCGUUAUCUCGGAUUUCCCUUAUCCCCUAGAGCGCCCUGAUCCCGAUUCAUUUAUUACUCCUGUCAAGGAAAGGCCACUACUAGUACCCAGUGAACCAGCCCAGGAAGAUGAUGAGGAAGAUGGUAUCAAAGAGAGUGUAAAUGUUAUUCCUUACCUUCAGGAUCACGUGCCGUUCGCCAUAAAACCAAAUGCCAUAUCCACAACUCUGCACGUUGGGUCGAGCCAGUCGUCACCAGGAAGUGAAUCAACACCAAUAGCUUUUGUUUAUACUCCAACGAUGAGGCCACAUCAGUCGACAGGACCCAGUGAUGUCUACGACAGGAAUCCAGUUUUAUUGCCGUCACAGCAGCCCUCGAGCUCUUCAAGUUCAGCACCAUCACCACAAAAUUUUUUGGCACCAUUUUUCGCUAGUGUCAGUGCUGAGGUACCCUCCAGGGACGGCUGGAGUGUUGUCAUGGUCAAGGAAAAGAUGAAGAAUGGUGAUGCCCAGGAGAGGGUGAGCGAUAUAGAUGACAAUGUGAGAAAGAGCGAGGCUAAUUCCACAGCUGAUACUCCUGGGGAUGAUGUCAAUGAGGGACUGCAGACCGAGUCAAGUGAUUUUGACGCUGAGAAUUUUAAGCCACAGCUCUUCGGUGGAUUCCAACCCAUCCUUGAGUUUCCAUCAGACUCCGGGGAGGUACCCAGUGAACUGAGGAAUAAAGAAGUAGUCGGGGUUGUCGACGAACAAUCCCCUAGAUCCGUUGAUAAUUCACGUGGAUAAUUGUUUAACAUUAUUCCUCAAAC